AUGACCAUACAAGCCAAUAGGAAAAGACUCUCUACAGGUCUCACUGUCACAUCAAAAGUAUUUGUUCGUUCAAGGAAUGGAGGAGCAUUGAAAAUCGUUCGUGAACAUUACUUGAGAAAUGAUAUACCAUGCUAUUCAUUAGCUUGUACCCAUUGUCAAGAAAUUGUUAAACCCGAUGCUAAUGGCAACCUACCUAAAUUUAUACUAUCUGCUAAUCCAGCAAAGACCAUUGAUGGUAAACCACAUUAUGUGGUAUUGGAUACCAAUAUUGUGUUGCAUGCAAUAGAUAUUCUUGAAAGUACUCAAUGCUUUUACGAUGUCAUUAUUCCUCAAACUGUGUUGGAGGAGGUUAAAAAUAGAUCUUUCCCAAUAUAUCAGAGGUUGAGGAAUUUGGUUAAACUGGAGGACAAGAGAUUUGUUGUGUUCCAUAAUGAGUAUAAUGAGGGGACUUAUGUCACUAGAGAGAAGAACGAAUCAAUCAAUGAUAGAAACGAUAGAGCUAUUCGAAAAGUUGUCUCAUGGUACCAGAAGCAUUUGCCAGACAUAGAGAUGAUUUUGGUGUGUAAUGAUGCUGAUAGUAAAGCCAAGGCAGAAAAGGAGAAUUUAGAUGUCAAGACCUUGGACGAAUAUCUCGAUAGUUUACCUAAUGGUGAAGAUUUGAAAGACUUGGUACCGGCAGACUUUAGCUCAUUCGAAGGUAAGAAAGGAGAAGAUGAAACUACAUUCCCAGAGUACUACUCAAAUGCUCGAAUUAUGGCAGGUAUCAAAAAUGGAACCUUGUAUCAAGGUAUUUUAAACAUAUCGUCCUACAACUAUUUGCAAGGUGAGGUCAAUGUAUCUGCAUUUAAAAAGCCAUUACUUAUACAAGGAUCGAAGAAUUUAAAUCGUGCAUUCAACUCAGAUUCUGUUAUUGUGGAGCUUUUACCAAAGGAUAAAUGGAAAGAGCCAUCGACAACGAUUAUAGAAGAAGAGUCAGUCGGAGUUAAUGAUAAUCCUGACGAUGGUGGCGAUGAUGAUGAUAACACAGUUUCUGAAGGUGUUGUAUCAGAUAAGGAGCGUCUUCUUUUAGCCCAGGAAGCAAUGAAGACCACCAAAGGGUCAUCCGAGGAAAAGAGACUUCAACCAACAGCAAAAGUUGUUGGUAUAGCAAGAAGGUCUUGGAGAUAUUACGUUGGACAAAUUGCUCCUACUUCAGUAAGCCAAGAUGAUUCAGGAAAUUCUGCCAAGAACUGUUUUGUAAUAUUGAUGGAUAAAACAUUACCAAAGAUUAGAAUUAGAACUAAAAAAGCAAAAGAAUAUCUAGGACAAAGGAUUGUUGUUGUUGUUGAUUCAUGGCCCAGUGAUUCCAAGUACCCCAAUGGACAUUUCGUGAGGGCUUUGGGUGAAGUUGAAAGUGCCGAAGCUGAAACUGAAGCGCUUUUGUUGGAACAUGAUGUUGAGUAUAGACCAUUUUCCAAGAACGUUUUGGAUUGUUUGCCAAAAGAAGGUGAUAACUGGGUUGUUCCAGAUAUUACCAAUACCGAUGAUCUUCAACUACAAAAGAGAGUUGAUCUUAGAGAUAAACUAGUUUGUUCCAUUGACCCACCAAAUUGUGUUGAUAUUGAUGAUGCUUUACAUGCGCAAAAGCUACCAAAUGGAAAUUAUGAAGUCGGUGUGCAUAUUGCGGAUGUUACCCACUUCGUCAAAGCAGGAACUGCAUUAGAUCAAGAAGGGGCUUCAAGAGGUACGUCCGUCUAUCUCGUUGACAAGAGAAUAGACAUGUUGCCUAUGCUUUUAGGUACAAAUCUUUGUUCAUUGAAACCAUUUGUUGAUCGUUUUGCUUUCAGUGUUAUUUGGGAAGUUGAUGAGGAUGCAAACAUCGUUAAUGUAAAAUUCAUGAAAUCAAUUAUUAAAUCAAGACAAGCCUUCUCCUAUGAGCAAGCCCAAUUACGUAUAGAUGAUCCAAAUCAACAAGACGAGUUAACUAACUCGAUGAGGAUCUUGUUGAAAUUGUCAAAGAAGUUGAAACAAAAGAGAUUAGAUGCCGGUGCUUUGAAUUUGGCUUCACCAGAAGUUAAAGUUCACAUGGAUAGUGAAACAUCUGAUCCACAAGAAGUAGAAAUUAAGAAGCUAUUAGAAACCAACUCCUUAGUUGAAGAAUUCAUGUUGUUUGCCAACAUUUCCGUUGCUAGAAAGAUUUACGAUGCCUACCCUCAAACAGCAAUGUUGAGAAGGCACGCAGCACCACCAGCUACUAAUUUUGAGACAUUGAAUGAUAUGCUCAAUGUAAGGAAGAAUGGUUUAUCCAUUUCGACUGAAUCUUCAAAAGCAUUGGCUGAUUCUUUGGAUCGUUGUGUUGAUCCAAAUGACUCAUAUUUCAACACAUUGAUUAGGAUUAUGUCAACUAGAUGUAUGAUGGCUGCUGAAUAUUUCCCUUCUGGUUCAUAUGGAUACCCUGAAUUCAGACAUUAUGGUUUAGCUGUUGAUAUCUAUACUCAUUUCACUUCACCAAUUAGAAGAUAUUGUGAUGUUGUUGCUCAUCGACAAUUGGCCGGUGCUAUCGGAUAUGAGAAUUUGGACUUGAGUCAUAGAGACAAGAAUAGAAUGGAGAUGAUUGUUAGGAACAUAAACAAACGUCAUAGAAAUGCUCAGUUUGCUGGAAGAGCAAGUAUUGAAUAUUAUGUUGGACAGGUGAUGAGAAGCAACGAAGCUGAACAUGAGGGGUACGUGAUUAAGAGUUUCAAUAAUGGUAUUGUGGUGUUGGUACCCAAAUUUGGUGUUGAAGGUCUCAUCAAGCUUGAGACUAUGGGUGAUGUAAACAGUGCUAAUUAUGAUGAAGAUAAAUAUGAAUUGACAUUUACUGAUAUCAAGGGAAAGAAGAGAACAGUUGGUGUUUUUGACAGGGUCAAGGUGGAUGUCAGAUCGGUUAAAGAUGAAUUGAGUGGAAAGAGAAAAGUACAACUUUUGUUAAAGUGA